UUGCCUGACUCCUGUAUCUAGAGCUUCUAAUUUGAGCUCCUUGGGGAUUUUCUUUCUUACCUUAUAAACAAAUCCACACCUGGUUGUCUGGAUACAAACCUUCUCCAGAGCGGCUCCAUCAACAACAGGUACCCUGCUGGGUCUAGGGGAAGUGAGGACAGCGACGCCUACCUCCUGAGGCUUCACAGAAGGCCCUUCCAGGUGCGUUGGACCUGAGACCGUGUAUUAUUUAUUGAAACUGAGCCCUCCUCUCUCUUCACCUCCGGGCAGCCCUGGAAUCUGGUGCUCCUAACAUGGAGCCACCAGCGGCUGAGCUGCAAGGAUCCGUAGAUGUCCCUUGCUUUUGUUCUUGUUCUGGUCAGUAAUUGCAAACUAAUGCCACCCAGCUUUUUAAGCAAAUCUUGGAGAGUAACCGGAAAUGACAGGAGAGCAUCUGAUAGAAGGACCCCUCUCUCGUUUGGGUCUGCUCCACAAGGAUUCGAGCUUUCUUUAAGGGAUCUCUCCACUCUGGUGCAUAUACGAAUGAAACUCAGAUGGCAGCAGUGGCCUCUUUGCACUGUGUGACUAGAGUGACGGCUUGACUGUGAUAUACGCCUUUGCAGGCUUUGUCUCCGGCAGGAAAAUGGGGCAUCGGAAAAUGACCUUUCUUGUUACUUAUGACAUCUGUGUCUGGCAAACCAGGGGACUCUUUGCAUUUGGGUAACAAAGACAUUUGGAAUAUACGCCACUUGAUUUUCCAUGUUGGUGAAACUGCUGUUGGUCACCUCAACUGUCCUGCAUGUUGCCAUGCUAAAAACACCUAAGGGUAAAAAUGUCUCCUGGGGUUCGGCAGACUCCUACACCAGCCGCCCAUCCGAUUCAGAUGUGUCUUUGGAAGAGGACCGGGAGGCAGUACGUAGAGAAGCUGAGCGGCAGGCCCAGGCACAGUUGGAAAAAGCAAAGACAAAACCUGUUGCGUUUGCAGUUCGGACCAAUGUCAGGUACAGCGCAGCCCAGGAGGAUGAUGUUCCGGUGCCAGGCAUGGCCAUCUCAUUCGAGGCAAAAGAUUUUCUGCAUGUUAAGGAAAAAUUUAAUAAUGACUGGUGGAUAGGACGAUUGGUUAAAGAAGGCUGUGAAAUCGGAUUUAUUCCAAGCCCGGUCAAACUAGAAAACAUGAGGCUACAGCAUGAACAGAGAGCCAAGCAAGGGAAAUUCUACUCCAGUAAAUCAGGAGGAAAUUCAUCAUCCAGUCUGGGUGACAUAGUACCUAGCUCCAGAAAAUCGACACCUCCAUCAUCUGCUAUAGAUAUAGAUGCUACUGGCUUAGAUGCAGAAGAGACUGAUAUUCCAGCAAACCACCGCUCCCCUAAGCCCAGUGCAAACAGUGUAACAUCACCCCACUCCAAAGAGAAAAGAAUGCCCUUCUUUAAGAAGACAGAGCACACUCCUCCUUAUGAUGUGGUACCUUCCAUGCGACCAGUGGUCCUAGUGGGCCCUUCUCUGAAGGGGUAUGAGGUUACAGAUAUGAUGCAAAAAGCACUGUUCGAUUUUUUAAAACACAGAUUUGAAGGGCGGAUAUCCAUCACAAGAGUCACUGCUGACAUCUCCCUCGCCAAACGCUCAGUGUUAAACAAUCCCAGUAAGCAUGCAAUAAUAGAAAGAUCCAACACAAGGUCAAGCUUAGCGGAAGUUCAGAGUGAAAUCGAAAGGAUUUUUGAACUUGCAAGAACACUACAAUUGGUAGUCCUUGAUGCAGAUACGAUUAAUCACCCAGCUCAACUCAGUAAGACCUCUUUGGCCCCUAUUAUAGUGUAUGUAAAGAUUUCUUCUCCUAAGGUUUUACAAAGGUUAAUAAAAUCUCGAGGGAAAUCUCAAGCAAAACACCUCAAUGUCCAGAUGGUAGCAGCUGAUAAACUGGCCCAGUGUCCUCCGCAGGAGUCAUUUGAUGUGAUCUUGGAUGAGAACCAGCUUGAGGAUGCUUGUGAGCAUCUUGCCGACUAUCUGGAGGCCUACUGGAAGGCCACCCACCCACCCAGCAGUAACCUCCCCAACCCUCUCCUUAGCCGAACUUUAGCCACUUCAACUUUACCUAUGAGCCCCACCCUAGCAUCUAAUUCACAGGGUUCUCAAGGUGAUCAGAGGACUGAUCGCUCUGCUCCCCGGUCUGCUUCCCAAGCUGAAGAAGAACCUUGUCUGGAACCAGUCAAGAAAUCCCAACAUCGUUCUUCCUCCUCAGCCACACACCAAAACCACCGCAGUGGGACAGGUCGAGGCCUCUCUAGGCAAGAGACAUUUGACUCUGAAACCCAGGAGAGCCGAGACUCUGCCUAUGUGGAGCCAAAGGAAGAUUAUUCACAUGAACAUGUGGACCACUACGCCCCACACCGUGAACAUAACCACAGAGACGAGACCCACAGCAGUAAUGGCCACAGACACAGGGAGUCUCGCCACCGCUCCAGGGACGUGGGUCGAGAGCAGGACCACGAGUGCAACAAACAACGAGGCCGGCAUAAAUCUAAGGAUCGCUACUGUGACAAGGAAGGGGAAGUAAUAUCCAAGAGAAGGAACGAGGCUGGCGAGUGGAACAGAGACGUCUACAUCCGCCAAUGACCAUGUGUGUUCCUGCCCCCACGUCUUGUGUAACAUCAUCCUUAAGCAAAAUCUUUGGGGGUACAUUGCAACCAUCUGUGAUCUGUCUUGUAUAUUUUGUAUUGCUGUUGCUUGAAUAGCAAUAGCAUGCAAUCAAGUAUUAAUACACAUUCUUUUGUAAGUACCACAUAAAUUGGCCUAGUCCAGCUGCAGUCCUCCACUUUUACUCUGGACUCUUCCAAAGCUGUUUGGGGUAGCUGCCACUUAACAGAGUGGCUUCUGAAAUGUAGUUAAUGUAUCCAAUGAGCCAGACGCAGCACAGAUAACCAGUGGAAUUUCUCCAGAUUUUUAAUACCCAGAUACCUGACCUGUCAUUCUUUCAUGGACCACUGUUUCUUGCUUGAACCUCUGGCUGACUAAAUUUGGGGACAGAUUCAGUCUUGCCUUACACAAAGGGGAUUAUAAAGUUAGAAUCUAUUUUCUAUGUACUAGUACUGUGUACUGUAUAGACAGUUUGUAAAUGUUAUUUCUGCAAACACCUUAUUAUAAUUAUAUAUAAUAUAUAUAUAUAUAUAUAUAUAUCAGUUUGAUCACACCAUUUUAGGGUCUUAAUGCCAAGUCAGCAGAUUUGCUUUAUGAAUCACAGGGACUAGAAAUGCCCACAUUCAGGAAAUUUCUAAUAAAAUUGUCUAGACACCUCUCCCCAUUCUAAAAGAGAGCCUGUACAUAUUGUAAAUAUGUGUGAUUGCUUGACUUGAGGUUUGAUUUCUGAAUGUUAUCCCAUCCUUUGAAGUUUUUAAUUUUAACCAUAAAUUAUGGUAACUAUAACCAAACUCCAGAGGUUUUCUACUCCAUACAGUCCACAACUGACUGUGACAAACACGUCCUUAGCAGCUAGUGUCUGCUAUGGUCACUGCACUGGAGUAUCCAAGCCGAAGCCGCCGUGUGCACAUGAGUGAGUGUGUGAGUGACCGAGAUGAAGUGGUAUACAGAAGACUUAAUGCAGAAACCAGAGGCUGAUGGCUGAGAAGUCUGCUCACCUGGCUUAGUAUUUAAUUGUGUCUCAUGUUGCUUUAAAAACCCACGGAGCAGCCAGGGAAUGUGAAGAAGCUUGCUGCCAAAGGUAACUAGGGGAGCACUCAUCUGCUGCCUCCUUGCUUUACUCCUGAAAAGAGGAAACACGGGCAUCUUGUACUGUGAGUGUUCCACUGGAAACGUACAAUCUUGUGUGUCAGAGUAUUUUGUUUUAGUAAGAAAUGUUUACACAGCUUGUGCAAUUAUUUCGUAGGGAAAUAAAUUUUUAUAACUUAUCCCUCCUCACUUUCCACCCUUGCCUACUGCUCCUGUUGUGCAUCGUCAGUUCCCUACUGGUCUUCUCCCGGAAUCCACCCCAACAGUUUCACUGUCCAUCAGAGCCCAGAAGUGCUUCUUAUAACCUAAGUUUCUGCUAAGUCCUUAGACAUUAUCAGGGCAGAAUGGAAUGACUUGAAGUGAAAAAAGCUAAGAAUAUUUUCCUACAUGAGACAUCUACUCUGAAGGAGAACCUAGAGACACUUUCUUUGCGCCUCAAUUUGCCUGCUUUAAGAAGUGUACAAUGCUCUUAUGCUAAGGCUAUAAAACCUGUAUCUCUCAGGAGUCCAGUGCUGAUGGAUAGGUAAGACUGUAUUAGCUGCACGGGCCACUAGCAUUUGAAGCUUUUCCCAAGAAAAUGCCUAUCUGCGAUUACCCAACCACAUCCAUAUAUCACUAAAACAAAUAAUGGUUAUAAUAAAUAUAUUUUUUUGAUUUGUUUCCUGGUAUUCCAGGUUUUUCCCAAAUAUUCUUAGGCAUUUAUAAGUAAAGCAAUUUUGUAUUUAAAUCAGUAUCAAGCUUAAUACUUUACCCUAUACCCAAGAAAACAAACAUUUAAAAUAUGAAUUGUAUACAUAUUGUACCAGUGUUUUACAUGCUUAUAAAAUGAAAAUUUCCCCCUUAGAAUCAGCACUAUAUUACUUAUAGAAUUCACAGACUAUAUGUCAAUUAAUCUGACCCAAAUUAAGAGUGUUUUCAUAAAAUACCAUGUAAGUAAUUUCACAGAUGUUUAAAGGUGAUCUGACCCCUUCCUGUAUGCUACUGUAUCCAAUGGAAUGGCUUUGAGGCACUCAGACUCAUGGAGGAUGCUGGUUCUCUCACUUGCUGUUACCACUCAUCCCUUCAGAAAAUCGCUGUGAUGGUGUCCCCCUGUUUAAGUUGUACUCAGUUCUUAGGUCCUCACUUCCCUCUGAAUAUGCUUCUGCACAUCAAAGCACUCCUCUAGUUUGCUAAAGGAGCUGACAUGGGGCACAUCUGUGGAAGGCUGCACACUGGGUCUAUGUCGGCAGUAUGAAGCAGAUCUAGAAAUAAGAAAAUAAUCCCAAUGAAGACGGAGGUAUUUACUGACUUGUGGAAUGUAAUGCCAGUCUUUUUCACAAGCAAAGGCUUAAUCCUAACCUACUCAGUUGUAGAAUCCUUAUUUCUUUUUUCUGUAGUCAACCCAGGAAAUGCUGGAAAUAGAGUUAAUAGUGUUAUACUUCUCUGUCAGUCAUUUUAGUUUUUCCUAUGCUCUUUCUCUACUGCUCUUUUACUUAACUGAGACCAAAAAAAGGUGCUGCUAAAUGUAGGAUGUCUUACAGUCAUACUGUACUUCAAGACAAUGCCACAUUUUAUAUUAUCUGCUCUGCAUUCCUGUUAAACACGUAUUGUCACGACACUAAACUGUUUAAUGAACUUGUUUUAAAGUCAUUCUUGACACUGUUUACCAGGGGUACUAAUUGCCAUUUGAGGAAUGAAUAUGUUAGAUUCCACACUUACCAUGUGGAACAUUGUCAUUCUUUUCCCCUUAUGUCUAAUUCAAGAAAAAAAAAACAAAAACAAGGUAGGUAAAAAUUUUUACAGUAUAAACCAGAGGCAUCUUCUUCCCACCUAAAUUCAACCUGUAGAAUAAUCCCGAUUCAUACCUAGAAGCUUAUUUCAUGUUUGAGAGGACCCACAGCUUCCCUGUCUGCUCAGUGAGGUGCUGCCGCUCCUCCUUGAUGCUCUGGACUUAUUCCAGCAAGUGGAGUACUGCUGGCUCUCUGUCUUAUUAACUGCUUUCUUCACUUUGCUAAAAUCUAACAUAGGGUCCUAGUUAACAUGUAUUUACCAUUGAAUUAAAUAUUUUUCUGUUUUCAUAGAAAUAAUCUAUAUUAAAACUAUGUUAAAAAGAUAUA